CCCCUGAGCGGUGGUUUCUUGAAACACAUCGUAUCGCAUAUCAUUAUAUUUGCCAUAGUGAGUUGGAAUCCAUUGACGAAAUGCUCGAGGCAUGCACUGAUCUCUGUGCUAGUAGAUUCACCCACUGUAGAUUCCAAAGUCUACCAUCAGACAUCAUGGUCAGGGUCACCGACACCCACACCACUCACCAUUGCCCCAGAGCCAGGGGAAGCGAAGGACCUUGCACAAAAGAAAUCGCAUACCUCAAAACAGACCCUUGCCCCAAGUGCGUGGCAACAGUACAAGUGGUCGAGACAAAGGCAUUCAAAAAGCGAGAUGCAGAAAGAGAUCCCGUUGGAGAUAUGAAGAGGAGGAAGGUGGAGGCCGUGGAGGCUGCUAAGGCUGCCAAGGACGCUGCUAAGGAGGCUGCUAGAGAGGCUAGAGUCAAGGGCAAGGGGAAAGCGACCACCGUGGAGGCUAAUGUAGAGGAUGUCCAUAAGGACGUCAAAGAGGAUUUUGAAGAGAAUCUGGAAGAACAUCCCGAAGAAGAUUUUGAAGAGUAUGUCGAAGAGGGUUUUGAAGAGGAUGUCGAAGAAGAUUUCGAAGAGGGUGUCGAAGAGGAAUCUGAAGAGAAUGUCGAAGAAGAUUUCGAAGAGGGUGUCGAAGAGGAAUCUGAAGAGAAUGUCGAAGAGGAAUCCGAAGAGUAUGUUGAAGAGGACGCCGAAGAAGAAUCCGAAGAGGAUAUCGUGUAG